AUGCCAUCUCUACAAUCCCCCCUCGAGAUUCUCCCACAAGAGAUCCUCCUCAACAUCAUUCCCUAUCUUCUCUUCUCCCACGCCUCCGCCCUAGCCCGAACUUCAAAGACCCUCUACGCCAUCCUGAACCACGAGCUUUACAAGCAGUGCAAGCUCAUCAACUGGCAUCCCCUCUUCAGCACUGCAAACACCCACACCCUCCAACGCUGUCUUGAAGCGAAUGCGCCGGUUGACUUCCACUGGCCUGACGGCAUCGACAGUGGUACGCUGUAUCUUGCUCGGGGUUGGCGCCCGCUGCGCCAAGCCAUCGCCGAGUAUCGGGUUGAUGUCGUCAAGUGGCUUUUGGCCCAUGGCACUGAUCCUAAUGAGACGUCUGAGGAGAAGCGCCUGCUGAGCUUUCGCGAACCGCCGCUGGCGUUGGCGUUUCGUCGUGGCUAUGGCUCGCUAGAGAAAGCCCUGCCAGCGCGAGAGAUGUUGUUUGCUCUCUGCGAGGCCGGUGCUGAUUUGACAAAGGUCGAACUGGGCGCGGCUGAGGAGAUUGAAGCAAUGCGAUCUGGUGAAAGUUACAUCAGUCUGUAUUGGUAG